GUUCCAACUUCAUUACUUCAAGUUUAAAAAUGAGACGAAGUUUAAGAUUAGAAACCAAAUGGAAUGAUACCAUUCGAAAUUCGACUGAAGUCCUCAGGUGGCUCACCGUCGUUCUUCCUUGGUCCCGAUUUUUGCGCUUCAACGAUGAAAAGGUGAGUGUGUAACGCCAAUCAUAUAAAUCGUAAUAUAAGGAAGACCAGACAAACUGUAUGCAAUGUGAAAGGGUAAAAUGUAUGUAGCAAUAACGGUUCUGACAUGCAAAGUAGAGAAAAGCGAUCGGCAUUUUGUGGUAAUUGAACUAUUGAAAAGCAAUUGAUUGGAUUAACCAUCUGUCGCGAGCUUGUGAAUGGCAGCGACAGAUUUUCAAAAUUCAGAAUGAUGUACAGGAUAGCAUGUGGCGUACCUCACGAUAUUUGUUGAAACGAGACGAUCACUGUAGCUUCUGGCUAGCAUCUUUCAUCUACCGUUAAACAAAAUAACAACGUCAGAUAGUCCACUCGAUCUCAUGAUGCGGAAAUCGUAAAGAAACGUGUUGUCACUCUCAUCACAUAACAAAGCGAAACUAACCGAACGUGCCGUCUGUAAACGAUGUAAAGAAAUCUCGUACCUCAACUUUGAAUGGCUUUUGGCUGCCAAGCAAUUUACGUAUUCCUAGUGAUUUCGCAAAGCUCUUUAGAAAGCCAUCUUCCUCCACUCUUUAGAUCGCCAACAGCAAACGCCAUCGAAAAUCUUGUUCCAGGUGAUAAAAGUAAAAAAAACCGACCGCCAUUGGGACUUUUUUAUUUUUUUUUUUUCUUUAGAGUCGAUGAUUUUCUGGUCAACCGCCUGGAACGUUGGUUUUCUCGGGUUGUUUCCCGGCAGUGUACUGCCAUAACCGUUUUUACGGGCCUAAAUACGAGAACCACCUCUGCCCUAACAAAUUUUCUUUCGACAGCUUCUCAGAGGUUAAAAAUUGUAAAUUUUUCUUUUCGUUAUAUUGCGUGUGCGUUUCAUGGCUGGACACUUAUCGCCCCGGUUGUUGUUGUUUGGUGCCCUUUUUGUUGAAAAGUUGAAUUAUUCAUCAUUCGUAAAAAGAUUAGAGCUUUUCGUAUAACAUACGGGACACUUGAGCUCUCGUCAAGUAUCUCGUUUGUCUAAUUUGAAUUUCACAAGACAGUAGUCUGAAACCUUGUCUCAAAUUCUAAUUUGUAGAUGAAUGGCAGGGCGAUACGCGUGUAUGUUAUCUUUGAUGGCAUAUGUAUACAUAAGGCUUCGUUAAUAUUCAUUAAACCAACAUCGUAGUAGUAGAUGCUGGUGUAUAUCCGUAUCAAGUCGAAUGAUGAUGAGCAGAAGGUCAAGCUUGUUUAUUCAACACCUGGGGCGCAGAAGCGUUGGUAUAAUCUCUCGAUUAUGCUAAGAGGUAACGCGUGUCCGAACUCGGCAAGAUUUUGUGUUCCUAAAACCGGAAUACAUGUUCUGUUUUCUUAUUCAGAAUGCGGAAAAUAAAAAGAUCGCCGGCGCUUCUCCGACGAUGGUUUCAGGUAAUCAACAUAAUAGCACACACAAAGCUCGAAUAAGAAAAUAUUGUUCUUUUUUCCGUGUAAGGAAGAAUUAGCCCACAAAUAUUAUUGUCCUUCCUCAAGCCAUUUUUGUUUCGCUGUCGUGUUCUCGCAAUAAUUUUUUCCUUCUUCAAUUUCACGGGUCGUCAAUAAUAAAAGAUUUGAAUCAAUGACGUUAAAUUUCUGCCCAGGAAUAUAUACUGAGGAUCCAUUAUUCUGCCCUAGGCCAAAACUGAAAGUCGCAUCAAAGAAGAAAAGCCUAUUAUUAUUAUUCUUGUGCUGUGUGGGGGGCUAUAGGAUCUAUCUUUGUCUGGAACAGAAGUAGCGACAGAUGGCACAUCCUUUUGCACCGUAACGGAAUGCAACAUGGCGUUCACUUUUCGAAAAAUGUUUUCCACAAAACUUUCGUAGGCUUUUCAAGAUCGGAGGUAAUAGGUGUGCCCGUAAUGACUCUCUCUCGUUCCUAACGGAUUGUGAAUCGAUAAAGGAAAAGUGCCGUGAGCGUUGCUUCCUCUUUUCCAAGUGAAAAUCUGAUUUCUUUCACAUGUGUGUAUGUAACCUCAUAUUUGUAUAUUUUUUAAACAGAAAAGUGACCAAUGGAAUGAGGUGUAACUGUUUAUGAUCUGGAACAGUUUUCUAUCGUCCAGGCAAUAACGAAUUCAAUCCCUUUCUACUGUUGCAGGUUGAUCCCUGCGCGAUAGUUGCGCAUCAGUUAACCCGUUCAGCACUCAAAUUGGAUAACGAGGAAACGGAAAAAAAAAGUUUAAUGAAAAAUCUGCAGAGUGUCAUAAGAAAAAAAAUGUUUGGUCGUCGACGUUGGAAAAGAUCGGACAGUGAACUGUUUUGUCAGUCGACAAGGAGGAAAAGAAUAUAAAAAAAAGCCCGAAGGGAGUCAAGAAUCACGGAACCAUCUGUCUGCCGUCCUCCUAUAUACCCAGCCGUUCUUCUUCUUCCAACCAUUUUCUUGGAUCUAGCUAUACAGUGCUACACGUAUAUCUCUUCUUUUCCCGCGUGCAAGCACCCGCGAAGCUGCUCAGCCGAACGCAUCGUCCGUAAUCAGUCGGCCUCGAACUUGCCUACCGUUCGGUACGAUCUGCAACCGACUCUCCGUUCCGUUCUGUUCAAACUCAGUUUGUAAUUUCGGGGGGGUUUUAAAAGGAAAAUCAUCGACUGAAAAAUCCGAGUGAAUGUGUUUCUCCUGAUGGAUACUUGAAAACCAAGAGCUCUGCUUGUGGGGAUAACAAAUAAAAACAAGACCAGCAACAGAGAAGAAGAAGAAGACAACAAGAGAAUGCACUCGACUGCUGGCUUCGGGCUCGCUCUGUUGGCUUUCUUUCAAAUCGCCUUGGCCAUCAUGACGACUGCUGGACCGUCGACCAUCAAUCGGCACUCGCAGGGAGACAUCUUCUCUCACCAAGGUGCCGCUGGCGAAUGCAAUGCUGCGGCUUGUCUAUCAGCUCUUGGCCAGCGCAAUAAUGGGAGCCUAUCGGCCGCCCGACUUGGCCGCCACUGUCAGUGCCAGUGCCCCAUGGACCGACCCAUCUACCGGGAAGACCUCAAGCAAUGCGUCAGCACCAUAGACGAAUGCGCCCUGGCCGAUUACGUCAGCGGGAUCCAAUCGGAGAAAGUGCCUUUCGUCUUCCUGCCCAUCCAAGGCCAACUGAUCAAUCCCAACGCUGAAAUUGCCCUAUCAGAUGUACGAGCCGAAGGUCAAGUGGUCGUUUCACCCGUUUGCGUCGUCUCCAAAUCUCAUUUUUUGACCCGUUCCGGAUGGAUGGCUUCCGACAAUUCAUCUUCUGGCAUCCCGACAGAUCGGGAACUGCCGUUCGCUCUCGCUCGCGAAUCCGGCCGAACGCAUUUACAGUGGUUGGGCGAACCGCGACUUCGGUCGCUGAUGGAAGGCCGGAUCGUCCUGGUUAAGUUGCUGUGCAAGGACACGGCCAAUGCGCGCAUCGGCGUCUUCUCUCCCUGCAUCGCCUUCCGCGUUGCCGGCAGUCCAGGUUUGGUGGAAUCCAUCCGCGGUGCCGGAGGUGGCGAUGAAAAAAGCGGAUUGCGUCAUGCGGAUUAUCUGGCCAUUGGCAUUAGCUCUGCUUUGCUCGGUAUGCUCUACGUGGCUGGACUUGUGGGUUUCAUUUGCUACCGGCGCCGGAAGCGACAGCUGGAGAAUGUCCACAUCAAAUUAUCCACCCAGCCCUCGACUCCUGUCCAGGAACUGGGCAUCAUGCGGCUCAAUCCGCUGCUUCAAUCUAACAGAACCAGCAGCCGGCCAGCCUCUUCUGACCCGUCUCUAAAUGUCAGACCUCAUCAUCGAUCCUCCAUGGAAUCACGAUCCGAGGGAAAUCGCCGCAGCCGUCCCACGAACCCGGCCGGAAACAUUCAUCCGACCAUGAAUAACUACCGUUACAGCAGUAGUCAAUCGGAAGAUUGCUUCCGGGAUUCAUCUGUUGACGCCAGCGCUGGGCACGAGGCAGCCGCCUAUUACUACCGCAGAGAUUCGCCAAUGAUGACCAAUGACGCCAACCGGCGACUCUACUUCAGCCCGGCUUAUUUCGAUCUGGAAUUGCUCAAACAGUCGCCGCCUCCCGCGGCGCUGGAAUUCCUGACUCGAAUCCGUGGGAUGAUUGACGUGGCCAAAGAUAAAAUGUCUUCCAAGCGAUUCAUGCCCAGCUUAAUUGACAUUCCGGAAGAGCUGAGCCAUUAUUCCGGCUACGGGGGAAGCAACCAGGGUUUGUCGCACUACGCCGACGAGUUGCGCCGGAGUGGCUCAUUUCACAAUAGGCCGCCGUUUACUACCGUUGACGAAACGGAAGGCUUGCGCAAUUCAUACGGCACUCUCAAGCGGCCAACAACAAAGAAAUACGACUCGCUCCAGCGCAAUUCACUCGGUCGUAAAACGGCGACGGGCGACAAUGGCGCGGCCGAGUCUGCCGUCCUGUCAGAGAACAACAAAGACGACAUCUACCAUCCGAUGGAAUUGAGGACCAAUUUCCUUCAAAAAAGCCCACUGCCGGGCAGGAAAUCAACUGGAUUGUCGUCCGAGACGAUGAAUCUGGUUUCCAUUUACACCAAUCCGUCAAUUGAAGAAAUUUACCGGUCGCUGGACCGUUCCCAGCCGCCGAGGUUAAACAAAGGAGGAGGAGGAGCCGAGAGCGGGGCGGAAAGCGAUGCCGUCUCAGAUUUAGUCUCCGAGGCGGAAUCGAAAAUGCCUAAAAUCACCGGGCCCGGAAUGAACCGUAAAACUUAUUUCGAGCCGGACAGUCUGGAUCGGAAGCCGGCCACCAAUUACGGGAGCGGCAGUAACAACAACAACAGCAAGCCGCAUUUGUACCAAAAGAAACCGCCUCGCUGGACCAAGCGCGCCCAGCAACACCAAUCGGACACCAAUGACGAAAUGCGCGAAGCGGAUGAGAACAGCAGCAGCGCGGCCGGUUACACAUCCAGCACAUGUACUUCGAUGAAAUCUCUUAGCCGCGUCCUGCCAGCCGAAGAGGCCAUGGAAGUGGGCAAUCAGCUGUUCAAUAUGGACACUGGAGCCCCAACUCUUCCGCGAUUAAUUAAACCGACCAUAGUUGCACAACCCAAUCGGGGCGGGGCCAACAUUUACGAAACGAUCGGACGCAAUCAGGAGCCGGACGGCAUUUUUGUCAAUAAAGAAUUCAAGAAACCUCCGCCGGAAGUGAUUUACUCGAGCAGCAACACGUCCAGUUCCAGUAGCAAAAUUACGAUAGUGGAAGACUGUCUCAAGAACAAAUUGACCAUCCAGGUGGAUGACAUCCGCAGCGUAAAAGACGAGGAAGCAUUCGAACCGGACACGCUGGAUCGUCGCAACGAUUCGCAAUCCGCGCCGCCUUUCAGAAGACAGGAGAGUUUUAUCGCCGAUUCGCUGGAGCGGCCCAUCCAGCCGGUGAAAUCGACCAUUAAUAAAUUUAGUAGUAACGCGGCUGGAAAUGUGGCACCCGUUUCGCCAUCUUCUUCUUCAUCCGGAUUGGGCUCUUCCGGCGAGAGUCUGGCCAAUAAAGAAGACUGGAUCAAAAAGGAAGAAUUACCUCCACCCGGAAGUGUCGUCUCACUCCGUCAGAUUUACACGGCCCGCACUCACCAACCGAAGCCAGAAACAUGGGCAACGGCAACGCUGGAAACCACCAAAAAACCUCCCAGCCGGAUUGUUUCCGCAUCCAAUACCCAAAUUCUCCUACGGUUGGCAGGAAACGACGACUCACGAAUCUACGGUCACCAUUCAGCCCUUCUGGCCGAACCCAAUUCCCCUCCUCCUUUACCAAUCAAAUCCAUCGCCAGUCCGUCAUCGGCUCCGGCCAUUCCGAGAGAAUUGAAACCUCCCACAGGUGUCCAUCAGCAUCCCAAGAUGCCGAAGCAGCAGCCGCCGCCGCCUCCUUACAGCUCCCGGGGAGUCCAAACGGAAUCGACACCUCCGCCAACCCUUCCGCCAAAAAACGGGAAAGGCGGAAGUUCCGGUAAAGCGGCCGCCGACACCGCUACUUCCGCCAAAAAGGGCCUCACAGUCGACGACGACGACAACGACGACGACGACAGCAAGAUCUACAGUGGCCAUUUCAUCCUGAGCCAUCCGUCGCCCAGUGGCACUAUCAAAUUACCCAACGUCCUGGAGCGGAUUGCCCAGAUCGAGCGGGAAGAGAGUCGCACUUCCGGCGCAUCCAAAGGCAUGGAGAUCGCCCUGUCGCUGAAGGCUCGCAUGGGUCAUCUCGAAGGAUCGCUCAAGGAUCAUAAAAAGACAUUGUCCAUCAAGAAAACGUGGCGGAAGCUUUUGGACAAGGUGGAAGACUCUUUCUCCGAAACAGAGUCGGCCGGAUCGACCCUGCGCCGUCCUCCAUCUUCCGCUGCCAAGCUCCUGAAAAAGUCACUGCCUCCGCCUCCGCCCAGCGACGAGGAAAACGACACGGACGACGAUUCGCAGUCGAGUUUGGGUUCGGACGGAACGGGAAGGGAUCGUUAUUCCAUCAAUGAUGGAAUGAGCCAGCAGCAGGCCGUCGACCAGGCGACCGACGGGAUCAAGCUCAAAAGUUUCUACACUUUUGGCGAAGAUGGACACAAGCCAUCGGCCGUCGCUCCCAUUUCGACGUCGACGAUUAAAUCCACUAGCAGCAGCAACGCCGCUCAUCAGAGUCGUCGGUCGGGAAUUAGCGGCGGCGGUUCCGUCGGGAGUAACUUGGGACGCAAGUUACGGACUAAUGAUUCCUACGAUAGUGGACUCUACUCGAGCAACUAUUCCACCUACAUUGGAGACUAUUGAUUUGCCGUUUCCCCGUUUUGAAACGCAUUUUUUGUUGUUGUUUUUAGAACAAAAAUGGACUAACAUUUCCCGCUCAGAGAUGGCGUUGUCGUCCGUUUCCCCGUUUCUGUAUAGCACGCACACACACACACACACACAUUACAUCCCUAAACAAAAAAAAAACAAGAAAAAACAAUAUACAUUAUUUUAACUUUUGAUUGUACACACGUGUAUUUUGUAGUUUCGUCGUAUCUUUCUUCUUCUUCUUCUCAAAUUAGAGUCCCGCGAGAUUUACGGAGAAAAGUGAAGA